AUGAACUCCAAAACACUCAGGCGUCUCGCAGGCGACCAUGGCUCCCUGCACACAGCUGGCCUGCCACCAAACUACCUGUUCCCCUCCAACACAGACCUGUCCGCCGACCUGACUUCCCUCGAUGUCCUGCUCUGCGGCCCCGUCGGCACGCCGUAUGCGCACGGCGUCUGGCGACUGCACCUCGACAUACCACCCACAUACCCUGCAGCUGCUCCCACAGCCUUCUUCCGCACAAGAUGUUGGCACCCGAACGUCGACGAAUCCACAGGCGCCGUCUGCGUAGAAACCCUCAAGCGCGACUGGAGCAGCACGCUCAAGCUACGAGACGUGCUUGUGACCAUAUCGUGUCUUCUUAUACAGCCGAAUCCGGCGAGUGCGCUCAACGAAGAGGCAGGCAAGCUCGCAAACGAGGACUGGGCUGGGUUUUGUCGGCGUGCGAAGCUCAUGACUGAGAUUCACGCUGCUGCCCCGGGUGGCCUUGCGAAGGAGAUCAGGGAAGCUCAGAUGCGCGGAGAAGAAGAAGACCCAGAGCUGGCAGAGAAGGAGCCGAGACUUGAAACCCGGGGCAAGGGCAAGGAGCGUGUCAGGCUCACACCUCCAGCGUCUUCAAAAGUACAACGCGCACCGCUCGUCGAAGAUGAAGAGAAUAAGCAGCACCGAGGACGUUCAGGGCAGUCUGAGAGCGAUGAGAGCGACUGGAUACCCAGGCCAACAAGGUCGCCUAUCAAAGUUCCUGGACCUAAAUACGAGAAACACACGUUUGGUAUUCGCGGCUUGAAUCCUAGUGUAUCCCUUGAUGAUGAAGCAAAGCGAGCUGCGCCCGUGAGCUCGCAGGCCGGAGGAGCUAUCGCUGCAGAGCUCCAGAAGAGUGGCUCGUUUACGACAAUGACUUCAAGACGCACGACACAUCCACAGACAUCUUUAGUCAUACCCAUAUCUCCCAAUAUCGCUACUUCACAAGAAGCCACAACUGCCGUACCGGAGUUGCUCAAAUACUCACAUACGAGUCCUUUCUCGGUCACUCAGCCAGACAACCAGCAAGAUCCGCUUCUCACAGAACUCUCCUUUACUUGGGCGAAUACGGAGGUCCAACGCGGAACUGGCGUGACGAGAAAUAUCGAAAGUCGGCAUUCUAUCAGGAAGAGAUCGGCAGGGGAAGACUUUGAGCGUAAAAGGGAGUGGGAGCUGAAACGCUUCCAAAAGGCAGGAUGCGAUCUGAAAAGAUACAAUCGUGGAGAUUUUGGGGCGCGGACAGGGAUCGGACGGCUUUGA